AUGUCCGUCGUGAUGGUAAGAUGGGCUCAGGACAAUAUAACCAAGCUACUAUAUGAAUGGUUUAAUAGUCUUUGGCGAUGGCGAAUGGGUUGGAUGGAUGUAUUGAGAUGGAAAUGGACAACAUAACCUCAAUAGAUCAAAACAAACUCAACAACAUUUAGAAGUGCGGAGUAGUUGAGGUUAUCUUAAUUUCCAUCCUGCUGGUACUUUUAUUGUUCAUAUUAUUUUUACUAAAUAGACUGUGAAGGGGUUUACUUUGAUGUAAUCAUACUAAUUCGAAGUAUUGCAAUUUUAAUAUCUGUGUAAUGGAAGGCAAAGAUCUUAUUUGUAUACCAGGUCAGCGGCUCUGUUUAGCAGACAGCACACAUUCUGUCGGCUCCGGCACAUAUGAGCGCCAAGGAUACAUUUACUCUUCACAAACCGGUGUUGUCCAUGUUAUCAAGCAAGAGAAGGGAAACAUCAUUGAAGUAAGAAGUAUCAAUGAUCAAAGUAUAGUGCCCGCUCCAGGAAAUAUUGUAACAGCCAAAGUGAUGGUUGUCAAUCAGAGGUUUGCCAAGUGCCUAAUCACUUGUAUUGGAGACACUGUCUUGACGAGGCCUUAUCGAGGCAUACUGCGGAAGGAGGAUGUCCGCAGCUUUGAGAAGGACCGAGUGGAAAUGUACAAGUGCUAUCGACCUGGUGAUAUCAUCCUGGCAAGAAUUUUACCGAUUUCAGAAAUGCACACUUACCAACUGACGACAGCUGAGAAUGAGUUGGGUGUUGUUAUAGCAUAUAGUGAAGCAGGUGUAGCAUUAAUCCCUAUAAGCUGGACUUGUAUGCAGUGUCCUAAGACUUACAACAAAGAAGAGAGGAAAGUUGCCAAAGUAGUUCCUGAAAAAAUUAUCCUUGAUUAAAUUGACCAUGGAACCAAUUUAUAAAUUUAAUUUUUGUACACAAUUUAAAUAAACUAAGCAAUUUUAAUAACA